CUCAACGCUAUCUGUACCUUUCCUUCGAAACCUUUUUGUUGUCCGCCAAGAUGCAAUAUCGGGUCCCCCAGUACUCGGGAGAAAUCAAGGUCUCGUUUCCGGCAGAGCAUGUCCUCCUGCUCACGCUGAACAGGCCGAAGUCUCUGAAUGCCAUGACGCCCACUAUGGAUGCAGACAUUGACAGGAUCUUGAGUUGGGUAGAGGAGGAACCUAGCAUCUGGGUUUCUAUCAUUACUGGUGAAGGCCGCACCUUCUGCGCGGGUGCAGACCUCAUCGCGUGGAACAAGCGUGCCAACUCCGAGAAGACCCCUGAGAGCGAGUGCAAAGAUGCCGAACUCGCCAGGAACGGCUUCGGCUCCAUCUCGCGCAGGCAGUCGUGGUGCAAGCCGAUAAUUGCAGCCGUGAACGGCGGCUCGUACGGCGGAGGAACGGAGAUGGUGCUCAAUUGCGACAUUGUCAUCGCCAGCGAGGACGCCGUGUUCGCCACGCCCGAGGUCAAGGUCGGCGUGGUCGCAAUCAUGGGAGUGAUCCCUAGGCUUGCUCGGGUAGCCGGGCACCAGCUUGCCUCCGAGAUGCUUCUGCUCGGCCGACAGGUCACUGCGCAGGAAGCGGCCACGCGGUUUGGAUUCGUGAACAAGGUGGUGCCUAAGGCGGAUGUCCUAAAGACAGCUGUGGAAUGGGCGCAGGAGAUCGUAGGGAACUCUCCAGACUCUGUUCAAUCCACCAAGCGUGCUUUGAUGCUAUCCAACCAAAUUGGAGACCUCGAAGACGUCGUAGUUGCGCACACUCGGUCUAAGGAAAUGCUUCGUGUUUACGGGAGCGAGAAUCUCAAGGCGGGACUCAGAGCUUUCUCAGAGAAAAAGAAGCCAAUCUGGAAGAGCCCGGCGAAACUCUAAUUGCUUUCGCCUCAAAUUUUAAUUUGAGAGACAUGGCAGAUUUAAUGGCUCGCAAAGCUUGAGAGCCAGUUGUUGGAUGAGUUAUGUUAUCGAAAGUGUACGUACUGGAGAUGUGGGACGGGUUGUUUGUACUGUAACGCAGCGAACGUACAACUGAGACUAUUCGGCAUCGAGGUUGACGAUGCUUCAUCU